AGAAGUUCAAGUGUUACGUAACACCGCCAAGAGAGAACACACCUUUUUCCUCUCCAGUAUAAGCACAAACAAAGAUCACUCUGAGCUGGCCAAGCCACGAAAAGCCAUGUUUUCUUUUUCGUUUUUCUCCUUAGAAACAUGGACCCUGCUGAUCUCUUUUAUCAGCAUAUUUGUCUUGUACGGUUACUGGAGCUUUGGAGUAUUUGAGAAGUUGGGGAUCCCUGGACCCAAGCCUCUGAUGUACUUUGGGACAAUUGGUAGAUAUAACAAUGUUUACUACUUAGAUGACAUGGAGUGUGCAAAAAAGUAUGGAAGAGUGUGGGGCAUGUAUGAGCUCAGAAAAUCUGUGCUGGCUGUGAUGGAUCCUGACAUGCUGAAAACCAUCCUGGUGAAAGAGUGCUUUACAUACUUUACCAAUCGGAGGAGCUUAAUUCUGAAUGGAGACCUCUAUGAUGCUUUGGUUUUUUCUGAGGACGACCAUUGGAGACGGAUUCGACAUCUUGUCUCUCCCUCCUUCACAUCUGGUCGCAUCAAAGAGAUGUUUAGCCUAAUGAAACAUAAUUCCCACAAACUGACAGAGAACUUGCGGUCCAAGGCGCAUGGCGGGGAAGUUAUUGCCAUUAAAGACUUCUUUGCAGGGUACACUAUUGAUGUACUGGGGAGUUGUGCGUUCAGUGUGGAUCUGGACACAAUCAAUAAACCUGCCAAUCCCCUCAUCACCCACGCUGAAAAGAUGUUUAAAAUUUCUGUGCCUCUUUUCCUGUUACAAGGGUGUUUUCCCUUCCUCAGUCCUGUUUUGGAUCUGCUGGGUUUUUCCUUUUUCCCAAAAUCCACCACUGAUUACUUCAAAACGCUGGUGGAAAAGAUCAGAGCUGAGCGCAGUGACAGCUCAAAACAGAAUUUUUCAGACUUUCUUCAUAGUUUCACCAGCUCUCAGACCGGCAGUAAAGAAAAUCCCAAUAAAGGUCUUACUGAUCAUGAAGUCAUUUCCACUGUCACGAUGUUUGUCUUCGCUGGUUUCGAAACCAGCGCAAACACACUUGUAUUCUUAGCCUACUCUCUGGCGAGAAAUCCUGAAGUCAUGAAACAUCUGCAGAGGGAGAUAGAUCUAACUUUUCCAAAUAAGGCUCCAGUCCAAUAUGAGGCUCUGAUGCAAAUGGACUACCUCAGUAGUGUGGUUGAUGAGUGUCUGAGGCUUUAUCCGACAAUUCCACGUCUGGAUCGAGUGGCAAAAGAGACUGUCAAGAUCAAUGGAAUCACAAUCCCAAAGGGCAUGGCCAUUAUGGUUCCAGUUUAUGCUCUGCACUAUGAUCCUGAACUGUGGCCCCAGCCGGAGGAGUUCAAACCUGAGAGAUUUAGUAAAGAGAACAAGCAGAAAAUCAACCCAUACACUUACCUUCCAUUUGGAAUGGGCCCGAGGAAUUGUUUGGGGAUGCGAUUUGCUCUGGCUAUGAUAAAGUUGGCCUUGGUUGAGGUUUUGCAGAAUUAUAGCUUCUCGGUUUGUGAGGAGACAGAGAUACCUCUGAAGAUGGACCCUUCAGGCCUCGUUGGACCCCUUAAACCAAUAAAAUUAAAGUUGAUGAUGCGCUCAAUGGAUGAUGCCGAAGUGGGGAAAGGAAACUAAAAAGCUUAAAUAAAUUUAGAAUCCUCAAGGUUGAGCUGACAUCAGAAAAUCGGUAGUAGCUUGACAUAAAUCUUUCCAUUAGUGCCUAAAGGAUGUCAUAUUCCAUAGCCUUUCAAAGUGACAUGACCACAACAGAGCAGCAUUUAUGUCCUAUACUCCUCUUAUCUCCAAAGGUGUUUUUCUUUACCUUGAAAUGACGUAAAUAAACUGAAUGAGACAUCAGUUCUGUAUCUUCCCCUUGUGUAUUUGUUUUUUCUUGAAGACAACCUUAUUUUUUAACAAAGCAAACAUUCAAAUAAGUUCCAGAGGGACAAGAUUAGUCCUAUUCAUUGUGUUAAAAUAUAUGUACUUAUCUAUUAUUUCCCCCACUUUUUAAGUCCAUUUUGAAAAACAGAUGUUACCAUAAAUUACAUCAGUGUCUUUACAACAGUCCUCAAAUUGUAUUUAUUUAUUACAUGAUUUUUUUUAAAUGCAAAUGAUUUUAUAUGAUUUU